GCCGGUAUUCAGUUCGGCUUGUGGCUUACAGGCUGACGAACGUGUCGUUAAGUACAUCAUAAAUGGAUACGAACAAUUAAUUGAAGAUGUAUUUACAAGAAGCGUUCAUAUUUUUGUGCGCGAUUUAUUUAUGUAGAGCUGGAUACGGCUACGGAGGCUAUGAACCUACUGUACAAUCAGACGUAGAAGCACCAUCUUACGUUCCGUCAUACGCAAGGAAAUAUCCGGCCGCUUACUCGUCGCAUCUCUACACGAAAACCGGAUAUACUGGCACGAAAACCGGAUAUACGGGCACCAAAACCGGUUACCAUGGCACUAAGACAGGUUACCAUGGCACUAAGAACGGUUACACGGGUACGAAAACCGGUUAUGUACCUUGGUCAAACCCUGGAUACGGACCUUCAAGUACUGGGUUUUCGCCCGUCGGUGGAUACGCGGAGAGACAAUCUUGGUUUUCUUCAGGAACUGCGCCAAGUUAUGACCAGUUUAACAACCACGCAAGAGCUGUCUUGGCACCAAAAUGCGACAUCGAAUGCAAGAACAACGGCAUCUGCGUGGACACGAACGUGUGCAACUGUCCCGCCAACUUCUACGGCAAAUAUUGCGAGUUCGAGAAGAAACCUUGCCUCGCUUACCCGCCUCUACCAAUGAAUUCGCUCAGGAAAUGCUCUUCUGAGUUCUGUACGAUCACGUGUAUGGCCGGUCACAAGUUUAUCGAUGGCACAACCGUUGCCAACAUGCGCUGCGUCGGUGGCGAGUGGCAGCCGACACGGGCCGACUUCUCCUCCAUCCCUGACUGCAUCCCAGAGUGCGACCCGCCCUGUCUCAACGGUGGCGUGUGUCUGUCACUUAACACGUGCCAAUGCUCAGCAGCGUACAGAGGGCCUCAAUGUCAAUAUUCGGCUACCGCCUGUGACAUUCGCAAGCUGGCGUUCAACGGCGGCUACAACUGCUCAGGCGACGGCGAGCGGUUCUCCUGUUCUUUGAGUUGCCCUCCACAGGCUGGGUUCAGCUCCCCACCAGCUGCCAUGUACACCUGCCUUUACUCCACCGGUGUCUUUUUACCACAGCCCAUACCGCACUGUACCUUCAAUGAAGUAAUUAUAAUUACGCCAAGCAACCGACCCAGCGAUCCUCAUAGAGGUGAUAUUCCCGAUAACAACACUGCGAGUGAAAGUGAGUCUUUUGUCCACGAGUCUACAACCUUUUUGUCCGGCAAGUACAUCCCAUCAGGGAAUCAAAUAAUAGUUGUGCAAGACUUGACCCCCAAAGGAGGGAGUUGUCUCACCUGGGCUGGAAUGCAUUAUAAGACCUUUGACGGAAAGAUAUACAGUUUCCAGUCACCUUGCCAGCAUAUUCUAGUGCGAGAUGCGGAAGAAGAUAAAUAUACGGUUGCAGUGAGACAUCCAGAUUGCAAGAACUUUGCCUACUGCCCCUCAGAGCUGGUUGUUUAUAUCAACGAUAAAAUGUAUUCACUUAGUGUUGGAGAUGAAGGAGCUGUCCUGUUUCGUUCAACUAAACGCCUGAUUCCAAUGCCGGCCUCGUUGCCAGGCAUCCGCGUCUCUAUGCCCAGUGACCAAGUGUUUGUUAACCUCGACGCUUUGGGCGUUACUAUUAAAUGGGACACAAAUAACUUGAUAGUAAUUGAAGGAUCAGUACUUCUAUGGAAUAAGACCAAAGGUCUUUGUGGAACGUUGGACGGAAAUCCAGAGAACGACUUUUUAAUCAAAGACGGCACCAUAGCGAGAACUAAAUCUAUGAUGGUUACUUCUUGGCAACUAAAUAAGAUCGGAGAUAUUUGUGAAAGCAAUCCAUCUGAAAGUACUGCGUGUGCUUCUAAAACUGAUGCUGAUAUGAGGAAAGCUACUCAGUUUUGUAAUAAAGUAUUCAGUAAGGAUAAGUUCCGGAAAUGCUCAAAGGUAAUGGAUGUAUCUCUUCUCCUGGAAGCCUGUGAAUGGGACUACUGUGCGUGCACAAUGAGUUUAAGUCCAGAAGAAUGCGCUUGCAAAACGGUAUCCGUGUAUGCGAAAGAAUGUCUACGUCAUGGAAUCGAGGAAAUGGUUGCUUGGAGAGACUCUGAGACGUGUCCUAUGCAGUGUCCUGAAGGCAAGGUUUAUAAAGCUUGCGGUCCUGAUGUACAGCCCAGCUGUGCCUUCCCUCUAGCAACAUCAACUUCAGUCAAUAAUUCAUGUGUCGAGGGUUGUUUCUGUCCCGAAGGACUCUUAUUAGAAGGUGGACGGUGCAUUCCUAAAUCGGAAUGUCCUUGCAGGAUUAGAAAUCAAAGCUUUAAGCCUGGAACAGUUAUACCAAAGAGCUGUAAUACUUGCACUUGCCAAGCUGGAGAGUGGACUUGUACUCAAGUGCCAUGCGGCGCGCGGUGCAGUGCAGUAGGCGACCCACAUUACACCACCUUCGAUGGGCUUCGCUACGAUUUUAUGGGGACAUGCACUUACACACUACUCCAGACUGACAACGUUACUGUUGAAGUGGAAAACGUUGCUUGCUCGGGAUCAAUAACUGAGGCUAUGAACCUGGCACCGUACAAAGGUGAAGGAAAGCCAUCAUGUACGAAAGCAGUUAACAUAGUUUACAAGGGGGCAAACAUACAUAUGAAGCAAGGCGGCUUCAUCCUCGUCAACGGCAAAGAAGUCUCCGCGCUGCCGGUCAAUGUAGGGGACAUCAGGAUAAGGGCUGCGUCUUCGCUAUUUGUUAUAGUUCAACUACCAAUAAAAGUAGACCUAUGGUGGGAUGGCAAUACCAGAGUGUUCGUAGAUGUCCCACCGGAAUUCCAUCAACAGACAAAGGGUCUUUGUGGAACUUUCAAUUUGAAUCAAAAAGACGAUUUCCUAACACCUGAGGGUGACGUGGAGCAAUCGGCUUUCGCAUUUGCCAACAAAUGGAAGACCAGAGAGUUUUGUAAUGACAUCGCCACCAAAGAACCAGAGAACCCUUGCCAUGCCAACGUGGAAAAUAAAGAAGCUGCUGAGAAAUACUGCAGCAUAUUGAAGAGUGCAUUAUUUGAAUCUUGCCAUUGGUAUGUGGAUGUGCAGCCAUACUACGAGAACUGUCUGUACGACAUGUGCGCAUGCAGCGGCGACGUGUCUCGCUGUCUGUGCCCCAUGCUCGGCGACUACGCGAUGGCGUGCGCGGCCAACGGACGGCACGUGCAAUGGAGAUACAACGUCAAGGAGUGCGAGCUAUCAUGUACCGGUGGCCAGGAGUACACGGUGUGUGCGGAUAGCUGCGUGCGGACUUGCACGGACGUAGCCCUCACCGCUAAGAGCACGUGCAAACCGACCUGCGUUGAGGGAUGCGCUUGUCCUACUGGACAGGUACUGGACAGCAGCAAUGUUUGUGUUCCUAUCGCUCUGUGUCCCUGCUUCCACAAGGGUAUGGAGUUCAUGCCUGGUUACAAAGAAGUAAGGGCCGGCACACGAGAGCGCGAACUUUGUACAUGCGUUGGUGCGAGAUGGGACUGCGUGCCGGCCACACCCGAGGAGAUCUUGCGAUAUCCGCCCGCUGAGGACCUGCGUAGUAACUGCAGCUCAUUACAGCAUAGAGAAUUCACCACCUGCGAGCUAGCGGAGCCACUCACCUGCAAGAACAUGCAUCUACCUCCUUUGACGCGUGCGAGCGAGUGCCGGCCAGGCUGCCAAUGCAAGAAGGGCUUCGUGUUGGACACGGGGUCGGGCAAGUGUGUGCAACCCACUAACUGCCCCUGCCACCACGGCGGCAGGAGCUAUGCUGACGGGGAGAAGAUGCAGGAAGAAUGCAACACAUGCGAAUGCAAGAGUGGCAGCUGGUCGUGCAGCGCGCGCGCUUGCUCUGGCGUAUGCAGCGCAUGGGGUGACUCCCACCUCGCCACUUUCGACGGUACUCACUACGAUUUUGAGGGCGUCUGCACAUACCUCCUCGCCAAGGGAUCCAUGGACGGACAAGAUGGCUUCAGUGUUGAGAUUCAGAACGUGCCGUGCGGAACAACCGGCGCUACCUGCUCCAAGUCCGUGACCCUCAGGGUCACCAACGCCGACGGCAGCGAGGAGUCCAUCUCACUCUCACAGGGAGCACCAUUACCUGAUGCCACUAAUUUGAAGAGGAUAAAGCUCCGCAUCGCAGGCGCGUACGUGUUUGCCGAUGUACCCAGCCUCGGCAUGAGCUUGCAGUGGGACCGCGAACUGCGCGUCUAUGUCAAGGUCGACGCUAUGUGGCAGAACAGGGUGAAAGGUUUAUGCGGUAACUACAACUCGGACAUGCGCGACGACUUCCAAACGCCAUCUGGCGGCGGAUUCGCCGAAACAUCCGCUCUUAUAUUUGCCGACUCCUGGAAACUGAAGCCAACAUGUCCAAAGCCUCAAGAAGUAGCGGACCAUUGUAAGCAACGACCACAACGUAAAGAAUGGGCGACCACAACAUGUGGAGCGUUGAAGCGGUUCCCGUUCUCGCUGUGCCACGCGGAGGUGCCGGUGGAGGCGCACGUGCGCGCCUGCGAGGCGGACGCGUGCGCUUGCGACGCCGGCGAUGACUGCCGCUGCGCGUGCGCCGCUAUAGCUAACUACGCGUACGCCUGCGCCGCACGAGGAGUUACCUUUGACUGGCGCAAGCAGGACCUUUGCCCGAUGCAGUGCGACACCAAGUGCAGUAACUACAACUCGUGUAUGUCACCCUGCCCGCCCGAGACUUGCGACAACAUGCUCGACUACGAUAAGUUAAAGGCCGUCUGCGAGAAAGAGUCUUGCAUAGAAGGUUGCCAGGCCAACAAGACGUGUCCCGAGGGCACGGUGUAUUCGAACAGCUCCCUGACAGAGUGCGUCCCGCGCGCUAAGUGCCGUCCCGUCUGCAUGACCCUGGAGGAUGGCAGGGAGAUCCUCGAGGGUGACGUCAUAGAGGCGGACGACUGCCACACAUGCAGAUGCUCCAAAAAGACUAAAGUCUGUUCCGGCCAACCUUGCCCUACAACUGAUACAACACCAUCGGGUCCCCCUACGUCACCGAAGCCGCACGACCAGCCGCUAGGCUGCGUCACCGGUUGGACGCCCUGGCUCAACCGAGGACCGGCGGAGAUCGCACCCGACGGCGCCUCCAUAGAAAACGAACCGUUACCUAGACCCAACGAACUGGUGGUAGGCGCCCCAAUGUGCAAGCCAGAUAUGAUGAAGACGAUCGAAUGCCGCACCGUCGUAGGUCACAAGACCGCCAAGGAGACUGGUCUAAAUGUAGAGUGCAGCCUGGAGCAGGGCUUGGUCUGUCGCGUACCAGAGGAUGUCUGCCCUGACUUCGAGAUACGUGUCUAUUGCAAAUGUGAAGAGCCGUUCCGAUGCAUGAACAGCACGCAUCCCAACCACCCGCACCCCACGGAUUGCAGCAAGUUCUACGAAUGCACCCCCGAAGUGGGCACCACAAAGGAACCGCACGCCGUGCUUAAGCAAUGCGGGGAAGGUCUCCUGUACAACCCGGUAACCAUGGUGUGCGACUGGCCCCAGGCUGUAUACGCAGUGCGACCGGAGUGCGAGAAACCAAUCACCACCACAACAGCUGCUACACCUGCAGCUGAAGAAACAGCACCGACCGGGGUCACCGCUACAGAAUCACCUGGAGUUCCGAGAAUCUUUACGUCCGAAUCAUUUGUUACGACUGCAUCUUCUACGAUAGCUACCCCUCCUCUGCCAACGAGUCCCCUGUGCCCGCCUGGCCAGGUGUUCUCCUCCUGCGCGUACCCCUGCGACAACCUGUGCGAACAUUUCCUACAGACAUUACGGGAGAGAGGAGAAUGUCUCCCGGGACAGAAAUGUGUAAAAGCCUGCAUCGAUGAGUCGAUUGCAAAUAUAAAAUGCGAGUUUGGAUCGAAAUGGCGCGAUGACAAGACCUGUGUACCUAUCAAGGACUGCACUUGUUACGAUGAAGGCCACAGAAUUAAGCCUGGCGGUGUUGUGGUUCACGGCUGCGAGAAAUGUCAGUGUCUCGACAACGCAUUACACUGUGAUACCACUGACUGUGUUUCCAUCUUCACCUCAGUUGGGCCUACGCAUAUGACCUAUAUCCUCGAACCCAAAACCACUCCGGCUACAUUCCCCACCAUAGCACCGACGAAACCCACUACAGUGACAAUUUCUUCUACUUGGACACCAACUACGGUUGAAGUUACGCCGACACCUACUCUUCCGCCCAAAACAACGUUAUCUACAACGGAAGGAACAACACACGCUCCCACGGAACCGUCUGUAGAAACGACCGUACCGACAACGGAAACGCCACUUAUUAUCAAAUCUACAAAUACUCCGCCACCAAAAUGUGAUCCUACAAAGUAUAAAAAUCUGCUAUGGAAUGCGGAACCCUUACCAAAGUCUGCGUUCACCGCCAGCUCUUCAUCCAGUCCCUUGUAUGAACCUCAGCAUGCAGAAUUAAAUGGUGUACCGCUAGAUAUAUCAGGUGCCAGCUGGACUCCAAAGACUAUGGACACGAAUCAAUACAUACAAGUCGAGUUCCCUCACCGGGAGCCUGUCUAUGGCGUGACGAUGCAAGGCAGCCCCGUGUUCGACCAUUACGUCACCAGCUAUGAAGUCAUGUAUGGCGAUGAUGGUAGCGUCUUCUCUACUGUAGAUGGUCCUGAUGGAAAACCUAAGGUCUUCCGAGGUCCAGUUGACAGCAGCGAACCCCUGCAGCAAAUGAUUGAGCCGCCCAUCGAAGCGAAAUUCAUCCGCAUCCGACCGCUGACGUGGCACAAGGGUAUUGCAGUGCGCUUGGAGCUUAUCGGCUGUGAGGAACCCAUCACCACCACGCCGGUGCCUACCACCACUGUCACAACUCCUGAGCCAAUGCAGUGUACGGAUGCUAUGGGCUUAGACGCCGAACUGCCUUUGGACAACAUUGAAGUGUCCUCCAACAAUGAGGCGCGACCAUUCUUGAAGCUCGAUGGAGAAAGAGGAUGGCGCCCAACUUACAGUACCCCUGGACAAUGGAUCAAGUUUGACUUCAUGGCACCACGUAAUAUAACCGGCAUCAAGACCAAGGGUGGAGUGACAGGAUGGGUAACCGCAUACAACGUGCUGUUCUCGUGCAACUUGUCGCUGCCGUUCAGCCCCAUGGUGGACAUGCUCGGAGAUGUGCGACAGUUCCCGGCCAACUACGACAGCGACACAGUGGUGACGACAGAGUUCCGGCCGCCGAUACGUGCUCAGUACUUAAAGAUAUUGCCAGUCAAAUGGAAUCGUAAUAUGGAGAUGAGAGUGGAGCCUAUUGGAUGUUUCGAACCUUACCCAACGACAACAACCGUCGCUCCAACACCGACUCCGAGCAGCAGCGGGUGCGAGGUGUGCCCGGGCGUGCGACCGACCGCCUGCAACUGCACAGAGCUCCAGUACUUUGACGGCGAGACCUGCGUCUCCAGGGACCAGUGUCCAUGCGUCGAAGGAUUUAUGACGUAUGCGGUCGGUUCUAUCUUCCGCGGCACUGAAUGCGACGAGUGCAUGUGCAAGCUGGGCGGCAUCACCGACUGCAAGCCCAUUAAGGAGUGCAAGUGUGAGCCGGAUAUGGUACCAAAACUGUCAACGUCGACAUGCGAAUGCUCGUGCGAGGCAUGCCCCGACGGCACCAGGAUCUGCCCGACGAGCGCGCUGUGCUUGCCGCUGGAGAAGUGGUGCGACGGCCUCCAGGACUGCGGAGAUGACGAGCGCGACUGCAUCACCAGCACCGCCAUUAAGACCACCGUCACAGAACCCACAUUCAUCAGCACGGCCGUGCCUAUUGCUGGCGCCACGCCGCCUGCCACCACCACCACCACACAAAAACCAGAACGCCGUAAGGAAAUUAAAGAAAUUGCUACAUUUUAUGAAAAUUUUCAUCCAAGAUUAGAGAAGGUACCGAAAACUCUAUUUAUAGAACCUAAGAACGAGGAUAGAAAUAUAGCUGUGAAAUGUCCCAAAGUGGAAUGCCCGCGUGGUUACUUUGUCCAAACCAUAACAGGCCGUCCUAAUUACAUAUCAUCGUUGACAUCUGACCUGCCGCCUCCAAGGCCAAGAAAUUCCUACCAGAGGUACCAAACUGGAGCAAAGACAUGGUACGGGAGGAAGGGUGGAUUUUCGAAGACUGCCUUUUCUAAGGGAGGAUUCUCUAAAGGCGGAUAUACACCUUUUGGCCGACCGAAGUUCCCGCAGCAAAAUCAAGCAUUCUCACUGGAUAAACCUGCGUUAACGAAAGACACCUCGUCCAAGGAAGUCUGCCCGCAAUUUAAAUGCAUCCCGAAACUACCCCCACCGCCGAGGCCGGGCUCCACCCUCCCGCCCCUCAUCUGCUCCGCCCCUCUCUGCCCGCAGCACUACUCACUCAAACUGGAAAGUGUACCAACCGACGUUCAUAAGUGUCCACAGUACGUGUGCGUGCCCCCAGUGGAGCGGCCGGUGUACUGCAACGUGACAGGGCGCACCUUUAAUACUUUCGAUGGCGUCGAAUACAAAUACGACAUCUGCUUCCACAUCCUCGCCAGAGACAACCGCUUCGACGCCUGGACAGUUAUUGUCCGCAAGAAGUGCCGCCCCGAUGGUUGCGUAAAUCAAUUGAUGGUGCUCCAAGAUGACCAGUUGAUCCUCGUGAAGCCAAAUCUAAUGAUAGAAUACAACAACUUCGAAUACACAGUGGAGCAGACUCGCAAGAUUUGCUUCCAGAAGAACAGCUUCGAUGUCGACCGCCUUGGCAACGGCGUGUCCAUUAAGUCUAGAAAAUAUAACUUCACCGUCUUGUAUUCAACUAAUGGUGAUAUCAAAAUUGGGCUGCUUAAGACACACUUGGGUGGUGUGGACGGUCUCUGCGGUGCUUACGACGGCGACUCCAGCAACGACCGUCGGCUUCCAAGUGGCCAGCAGGCGGUCAGCAUCGACCAGUUCGGUAGGUCUUGGGCCAAGCCCGGCCUCAAGCCUGAUGCCUGCCAGCCCAAGGUUAUUCCGCCCAAGGAACAAAAGAAAUGUUGGGACAUGUGCGACGUUCUUACGAAAGAACCGAUCUCGCAAUGCGCCAAGGUUCUUAACCUGGACAAAUGGCGGACCAUCUGCUUGGAGAAGGUGUGCGAGUGUGCUGAGCAGGUGGUGAAUGGCACCAAGCGCUCCGAGGAGGAGUGCAGGUGCAAGUUCGUGGAGCAGCUGGUGGCGGAGUGCCUCGCCGCCGACAAGGAUCUCGACAUACAGAGCUGGAGAAUGAAUAUGAAUUGUCCGGCGGAGUGCGCUGCGCCGCUGGUUCACUACGACUGCUACCGGCGCCGCAGCGAGCCGACCUGCGCUGGCGUCGGCGCCGGCAGCCGCAGCAGCCAGCAGGAGGACGGCCUCUGCUUCCCCGGCUGCUACUGCCCGGAGGGACGCCUGCGCAAGGGCGACCAGUGUAUAGCGCCUACUGAUUGCUUAGACUGUACUUGCCACGGUUUGGGAACGCCUUCGAAGUACCAGACGUUUGAAGGUGACGACUUGCCUUUCCUCGGCAACUGCACCUACCUCGCAUCUAGGGACAGGAAUGAGACCGGAAACCACAAGUAUCAGGUCUACGUGACAAACGAACCGUGUGCUGACAAUAAAGAUGUUGCGUGCACGAAAUCAAUCUAUUUGAUUUACGAAAAGAAUAUUGUUCAGAUCGCAAAGGAGUCUUAUUCAAACAUGAUUCAGACAACUAUAAACGACGAGCCCGUGUUCAAAUAUCCGCUGAAAAAUGAAUGGGCUGAAAUAAGUAAAGUCAACGGCGAAGACGUCACAAUCAAGCUGCCAGAUAUACAUGUGGAGUUGUCAGUGCUGCGAGCAAAGUUGGAGUUCUCAGUCCGCGUGCCGUCGUACCAGUACGCCAACCAGACAGAGGGUCUGUGCGGCGUCUGCAUGGGAUACCAGGAUAAACUCAUCACCAGGAACGGAACCGUCACUGAUGAUUUUGAAUUGUAUGGCAAGAGCUGGCAGGCAGAUAUAGACACCCUGUCGGUCCUGAACGAGGCGGUGCUGAUGGUCUGCGGCGACUUCCUUCCCGAGCCUGUCUGCGACCCCUUGCCUCCAGAGCGCAACCCCUGUCUCGUCCUCAACAACGUCGAGACCUUUGGAGAGUGUCACGCGCUGGUAGACCCGGCAGAGUACAUAGCGCAGUGCGAGGAUGAUCUGUGCGCGUGGAACACGACCGACGCCUGCCCCUCGCUGGAGAUGUACGCCGCCGAGUGCCGUCGCCAGGGCGUCUGUCUGCAGUGGCGUAAUCAGGAACUCUGCCCAUACCCAUGCGAAAGCCCAAUGGUGUACCGAGAAUGCGUCGAUUGCGAGAGGACGUGUGAGAAUUACGACAUUCUCGAAAAGAAUCCGGAGAAAUGCGACACCUUCCCCGUCGAUGGCUGCUUCUGUCCUAAGGGAAAGGUCCGAGUGAACAACACGUGUAUUGAACCCAAGAAGUGCUUCCCUUGCGACGCCAAAAAGGAACAUUACUCGGGCGACGAGUGGCAAGAAGACGCGUGCACUAAAUGUACGUGCAGCAAACUGGUGGACUCAAAUGAGGCACAAGUGUCGUGUGUAAAACAAACGUGCACUGUGUCUGUGUGUGGUGAACACGAGAACCUGGUCACCAAGCCCGCCAAACCCGGACAAUGCUGCCCAGAGUACAUGUGUGUGCCGAAACCGAUUGAGAAACACUGCGAGGAACCGAAAAAGAUGGAGUGCGGAUUCGGUCAAGUGUUGAAACAAAAGAACACGCCCAGCGGAUGUAAAGAGUUCUCAUGCGAGUGCAAACCGGCGAGCGAGUGCGAAGCCAUUCCUCCGGACAGCGAAGUGGAAAUAAUGGAACCUGGAAUGGAGAGGGUGAUCGACAGCAGCGGCUGCUGCCCGCGCGCCCAGCUCGUCUGCCGCCGCGACUCCUGCCCCAAACCGCCAGUAUGCCCGGAGUUCCAUAACCUCAACACUACCGAGCAACCCGGGCAAUGCUGCCCCGAACACAAGUGCGUACUGCCUAAAGACAAAUGCAUUGCUAAGCUGGAGUGGGAGGCAGCGGCUCGAGGUGGAGAAAAACCAAGAGAAGUGCCGCAAAGUGUGUUAAAGGAUGUGGAUGCGGUGUGGCUGGACGGGCCGUGCCGGUCCUGCCGCUGUAACGCGGAGUCUGUGGGCGCGGUGCCUCAGUGCGGCAUCACGGAGUGCCCACCGCUGGCCACCAGCGAGGAGUUCGUGAUGGAGGCGCUGCCGGUGCCCUUCGAGUGCUGCCCGCGCGCCGUGCAAGCCGCCUGCCGGUACCAACACCACGUAUACAAGGUUGGCGAGAACUGGACGUCGCCCGAUAACCCCUGUGAGACAUACCACUGUGUCAAAGUCGGCGAGGGACAACUCGACAGGGUCACCAAACAACAAUACUGCGACGAAGACUGUCAACCGGGUUGGGAGUACGUCCCGGCUGACGAGAACAGCGGCCAAUGCUGCGGCAAGUGCAAGCCGGUGGCGUGCGUGUGUGAGGACACGCUGCACCCCAUCGGUCAGACCUGGGCCUCACCAGACUUCUGUACCAACUAUACCUGCGUAGACCUCAAUGGAACCCUCCAAGUGCAGAGCGCAAACGAGACCUGUCCUAAGAUAUCGGAAGAGAUGCAGAAGCAGUUCGUGCUGACGGAGGAGAAGGUGCCCGGCAAGUGCUGCCCCAAGGUCGAGCCUGUCGCCUGUCGCGUCGAUGACAAGAUCUACCAGGUUGGCGAGAACUGGACGUCUGAAACUAACGCAUGCGAAUCGUACGAGUGCGCGCGCACAGGGGACCGGCUGGAGCGGCUCACCACCGUGCACUACUGCCAUGACGACUGCCAACCGGGCUGGGAGUACAUACCAUCGGCGAACAAGAGCGAGCAGUGCUGUGGUACAUGUGAGCCGGUGGCGUGCGUGUGUGAAGGUGUUCUGCACCCCAUUGGCGAGGUGUGGACCUCUGCCGACUUCUGCACCAACUACACCUGUGUCAAUCUCAACGGAACACUACAAAUCCAAAGCUUCAACGAGACCUGUCCGGAAAUAAGUGAAUCCAUGGAAAAGCAGUUUGUGCUGACUAAAGAAAAGAUGGAAGGCAAAUGCUGUCCCAAGGUCAAACCUGUCGCAUGCAGAGUGAAUGAUAAAAUAUACGAGGUUGGACAAAACUGGACAUCGCCAACAGACGCAUGCGAAUCUUACGAAUGCGCACGCGCAGAGGACGGCAAAUUGGAGAAGGUGACCACCGUGCAAAGCUGCGACUAUAGCUGUCAACCGGGCUGGGAGUACGUACCUUCGGUGAAUAAGAGCGAGCAGUGUUGCGGACGAUGCAAGCCGGUGGCGUGCGUAUGCGAGGGCGUGCUGCGACUCAUCGGCGAGGUGUGGACCUCCAAGGACUUCUGUACCAACUACACCUGUGUGGACCUCAACGGCACUCUCCAAGUCCAAAGCUUCAACGAGACGUGUCCAGAAAUAAGCGAAUCAAUGGAAAAGCAGUUUGUACUCACGAAACUUAAAGUGGAAGGAAAAUGUUGUCCGAAAGUCGAACCUGUCGCAUGUCGCGUUGCUGAUAAAAUAUAUCAGGUGGGAGAAAACUGGACGUCGCCAACAGACGCAUGCGAGUCGUACCAGUGCGCGCGCGCAGAGGACGGCAAGCUGGAAAAAGUGACCACAGUGCAAAGCUGCGACGACGACUGUCAACCAGGCUGGGAAUACGUACCUUCAGUGAACAAGAGCGAGCAGUGCUGCGGGCGGUGCAAGCCGGUGGCGUGCAUGUGCGAGGGAGUGCUGCGACUCAUCGGCGAGGUGUGGACCUCCAAGGACUUCUGUACCAACUACACCUGUGUGGACCUCAACGGCACCUUACAAGUCCAGAGCGCCAAUGAGAAGUGUCCAGUGAUCAAGGAGGCCAUGUUGAAGCAGUUCGUGUACUCUGAGGAGAAGGUGGUGGGCAAGUGCUGCCCCAUCCGAGAGCCCGUAGCGUGCCGCGUCGGAGACACCAUCUACCAGGAGGGACAGAGCUGGACAACGACGGACCCGUGCGUGAACGCGACGUGUGCGCGCGACUCGGACGGCCAACUGUCGCGCAAGGAGGCGACUGAGGGUUGCGUGCGCGACUGCCCGCGCGGCUGGCUGUACAAAGAGCCGCCGCCCGGCGUCUGCUGCAGCCGCUGCGUGCAGUUCGCCUGCCUAGUCGAUGACAAGCUCAGGAAACCUGGCGAAACUUGGCAAUCUGGCGACAACUGUACGACGUUCUCUUGCGAGCGUGACGGCGAAGAAUUCUACACGACGUCGCUGCGGCGGCCCUGCCCGGACGUGUCCGCCUGUGCGCCCGAGGACCUCGUCAACGAGACCUGCUGCCAGGUCUGCAAGAUGACGCCGAGCCCGCUCAGUACCUGCGUGCCUAAGUCGAUCCCGAGCUUGGAGACGUUGGGUCUGAUCCGCGUGCACAUGGGACCGCACGGCUUCUGCGUCAACCGCGAGCCAGUGCCCGGCUUCCGCGAGUGCCGCGGCUCCUGCGACUCCGGCACCUUGUACAACAACCAAACGGGUGCUCACGACUCGAAGUGUGAGUGUUGCGCGGCGGUGAAGUACGAGCGGCUGGUGGUGGGGCUGGUGUGCGAGGACGGCAGCCGGCGCGCGCACAGCGUGGCCUCGCCGGAGCGCUGCGUCUGUCAGCGCUGCGGGGGCGCCGCCAAGUGGACCGCCACCAAGACAGGCGUAAAAGGGCCGAGGUACACAUCAAUACCACCGAGAUAUAACCCCAUAUUGGAUGAAGACUACAAUAUUCCAGACAUGUUCGCUAGGUUCGGCACCACGGGCCGACCGCCGCCGAGACUUUGAACAUUCAUUUACCCAUUUUAGUGAACCGCAGUAUUUAAAAUGUGUACAAUAUGCUCAAUUUUACAAUUAUUAUUAAGUAAUUAAACGAUUUAUUAUUAUUUAUUAAGCUUCCAAAGUUCAAUGUUACUCGUUUUAAACGUACUGUGGUUUACGUGAUUGUAUCGAAUCCAAAGAUAUGUAAGCUUACAAUUUUUUAUUGUCUUUAUUUUUGUAAAUAAUUAAAAAAAAAUCGAAGCAUA